UUAGUGCAGGGACCCUCAAAAGCCGACAAGGACACAGCUCCGAUUGCAAAAAGGGGAUACAAGGGGUAAAAUACUUCAAAAAGUGCGAUUUGAAGUUCUGACCCAAUUCAUGUCGCGUUCGCUGCUCUUAAUGGUCGACCAACAGAGUGAGGGUCUUCACGGACAAAGCAAGGAUGACGCGCUUCUCUGCAUGCUGACUGACAGCAUUCAGGGCAUGCUGGGAGAACAAGAUGAGGGCAGUGAGUGGAGACGGAGAGCUUUGGGAGUGAUGAGGCAGCUGAGUGUUUUUCAUGCAAACAGAGUGACAGCUUGGAGAGAUGCUCUCCUAGGAUGCGUCCGCACGAAAGAGCCGUUAGGGGGCGGGCUUCUGCAGCCUCUUCCAGAUGGUUGCGGCAUUUUUGAGAGGGUUAUGGAUGAUUUAGAGCACAUUCAGGACCAACUCAACACUAUAUUCAACAAGUUGGACACUGAAAUAAUCUACUUGAGUGCAGACAGAGCUGAGAGUCAGGACCAGAUAGGAACCAGCACUGAAGAGACAUCUGGAGAGGCCCAGUCAGGAUGUGAAGAGGAGACUAAAGAUGGAGGCGAUGUCUCAUUUGCCUGCGAUGAUGGUUCAGAAGAAGGGCUGGACUCCAAAGGUCAAGAGUGGGACAGAGAAGACACAGUGGACACCAUCUCAAAGAAUACACCAAAGGAGGAGACAAGCAAAGAAUGGACUGCAGUCAGGCUUGAGAACUCGGAGAUGGGAGGUGGUGCAUGCUUCAUUCGAGCACCGUUGGGUGCGGCCCGUGUCCUACACUGUGAGGUGGCUGACGCCCUCAGCUGCUUGAUGGUGAACGGCGCAGAGGAGCUGGUCAGCAGGGUGAUCAGGUUCAGAAUUCAAGACUGCGCUGACAUCCGCUUCCCUCUCAUCAUGGCAUUACCCUUCUGUGCGCGUCAUCGAGGCAACUACAGAACGAUCGCUGUCAAGGUGGUGGACGGUGAAAGGAGGGCCAGCUACCUCAUCCCUGCAACAACAGAGGGCACAUAUGGUGGACAGAGGGGCUCUUUCGCAGAGGUGAAGGUGUACUCACUGGGCCUAUUUGCAGUAGUUUCCUGUCUCAAGCAAGAACACUUCACAGUUCCUAGACGGGGUCUGUCCCACAAACCUCCUGUGGACCCUCGCAUCUGCCUGGACUACCCCCCAGGAUCCUUCACAGCUCCUGUUCUGGUGCAGUACACGAUCCAGCCCCUGGACGCCGUUCUCCUGGCCGGCGUCAAGAUGAAAAGUGAAGCCUACCGCAGGGUGGUGUCCACGAGCCCGCUCCUCUGCCUUGCUCACCCAUCCUCUCAGCCCCUGCAGAGACCCCUCACGGUCACACUUCCCUGUCCGCCAAAUCCGGACAAGAAGAAGGACACAAGGACACAGUGGAGGGACGUGGAGCGUCUCCUCCCUCUGACUGCUGCCAAGCCAGUGUGGGAUAGGACAUCUUCACAAUGGAGGAGGAUGCUGAACUCCUCCACUCAGUCCUCCAAAGAGAACCCUGCCGAGCUUCUGACCGUGCUGGGCGCCACGCAUCAGCAGUGGAUUGUCCCUGAAGGAAUCGCCAUCCGGAGCCAUCAGAAUGGCCUUGUGUCUUUUGACUUGAUGGAGAACUUUGACAGACUCUUGGUGGUCCGUCUCCUCUCCCCGCUGCAGUCUUGCCAUCUCACCUCCCUGGCAGAGGACCUGGUGGACUCAACGCGCCGCCACCUGGUCACUGUGGUCCUACAGCACCAACAGGGCCAGCCCCGUGUAAUCCUCGUGGUCGCCCUGCCGAGCAGGGAGCUCAGCUGGGAACUGUCCCGGCUGCAGGCAGGGGGCGACGAGGCUACCCUGGAGACGUCACCGGAGAUCUGCAUGCAGGAGGGGGACCAACUUGUCCUACGUCUUUGCGGAAACAUCACCUGUGCAGGACUUCGGGCUAACGAGCAUGGCGUUCUAGACGAGCGCAUCACCUUCCACAGUCAGCGCAGGAACGAGCUGCUGGUGCACCUGACCGAAGUGGACCCCUUUGGCAACUAUAGCUCCCCUCACUACAAAGGCGUGGUGGUCUUCUACAAGGUCACCAGGGGUCAAGCGGAGUGGGGAGGCGACAACACGGCCCAAGUGGACGUGGAGCACCUGGGGGAGCCCGUGUGCACACUGCCACUGACUCUACCCAAGCGAAUCAGAAGCAUCAGACAGCCCGUCACGCCGAGGGUUACACUCAGUGAGAGGACAGACUCGCUCCCAGAUUCGCUCCUCCUCUGGCUGUCGGGGGAGCUUUCAGAAGAAGAAAUAGGCCCUCUGGCGCUUUCUCUGCGCCUUCGCCGUAGCGCCACCCAGAUGGUGAAGCUCCGAGCCGGGGACAACCUUCCCGGUCAGGCGUUCCGCAUUUUGACCAUGUGGAGGAGGGAACUGCCUGCUUCCCAGGUGCAGCCUAAGGCCUCCCAGCUGGCACGUUGCUUGGCCAGGAGCGGCAGGCCAGAUCUUGCUCGAGAGCUGCUGCUACGCCAGGCAGCGACCACUGUGACGCUGAAAUAAGGAUGCUGCCUCUUAGAAGGGCUUACAUUGUAUGCUGCAUUUUCCAACUUUUCAUACUUAUGAAUAUGUUUAAAAUAGACAAACAACCAUUCACACUCACAUUCAUACCUAUGGACAAUUUGGAGUCGC